AUGUAUCUUGAACUAGAUCAACCUGAAAUAAUACCACCAUAUAACCGUACGCACGGCCAUAAUGGUAAACUCAGCACAGCACUCCUCGUAGUCAUCAUUACCCUACUGUCAAUAUUUGGUAUAAUUUCCAUCUCAGUGCUAAUUUUUUACUUUGUUCAUCGAUCAAAUAGAGCCACUGAAGAUGAUUUGAGAAGAGAAGAAGAGAAUCAAGCAUACCUUGAAUUAAAUAGUGAUGAACAAGAAUUGUUUUUCCAGUCGAGGGAGUUUCUUGAAAUGAACCCCUAUUAUAUUGGUGAUUUAACUUUGAGUCAAAACUUGUCUAUUCAAGAAAAGGGCAUAAAUGCAUUUGAAUUUGUUAAAGAUCAAAUGUUGACUAAUAAUGAUUUAUUGAUUGUUAACAAGACGGAGUUGAAUUUUUUCAAGAAUUUUGAAUGUUCUUGUCAAACGAAUUUACCAAUACCAAUGAAGAAUGAAGUGUAUUAUUAUGAAGCCAAAAUAUAUUCGUUACCGGAAACCAGCUCCACUGAUGGAGAUAUAAAUGAUACGUUAAUAUCUAUAGGUCUUGGAAUUAAGCCAUACCCUUGGUUUAGACUACCGGGUCGUCAUCCUCAUUCAGUAAGUUAUGAUUCAGAUGGAUAUAGAAGACACAAUCAACCAUUCCAUUUCACAUCAGAACCCCCAUUCCCUAAAUUGUCAAAAGGUGAUGUAAUUGGAGUCGGUUAUAGAACUCGAUCAGGUACAAUUUUUUUCACUCGAAAUGGUAAGAAAGUAAGUGAAUCAAAAUUAGGUGGUCAUAUUAAAAAUUUCAAACUCCCACGUAAUGGGCAAUUAUUCCCCAUUAUUGGUGCCAACAACAUCUGUUCAAUUCAUGUCAAUUUAGGACAACGUGGGUUUGUAUUUAUUGAAGCAAAUGUGAAAAAUUGGCGAUAUGCACCUUUAGAAGGAACGGGACCAGCACCACCAGCUUAUAAUAAAUUCAAUGCUGAUAUAUUAUUGGAAAGAUCGGAAAUUGAUGAAGAGGAAGAUGAUCGAUCAAAUGAUUUCCCACCUGAUUUUUGGGCCACUGUUAAUAAGAAUAAACGUGAAGGUAGUAAAGGUCGCAUAGAGGGGGAAGUGUACGAUGAUGAUGAUGAUGAUGAUGGACAUUUUACUUAUGAUGCUUAUUCAGAAGUUGAUUCUGAUGAUGAACAAAUAACGUUAAAUAGUUUACCCCCUCCGUAUGUACAUGGUGAAGAGGAAUAA